UCAUCUUCCCCCUUUCUCUCCCCUUUUCCCACAUUUCCCUCCCCUUUUCACACAUUUCCCUCCCUUUUCCCACAUUUUCUCCUCCUUUUCCCACAUUUUCUCUUUCCCUCUCACUCCCCUUUCUCUUUUGCAAAAAACCCUCUACCAUCGAAGAACGCCGUUCUCCAUCUCUUCACGCCGCCAUCACUGUGAGCUUUCGUGCCGGCGUUCUCCAUCAUUCUUCGACCGUUCUUGAAACCUAAUCCUUCCCCACCAUCGAAGUGUUGUUGUUCUCCAUCGUUCUCCAUCAUUUUUGUCAAGCUCUUCGCCAUGUGUUUGUAUUAUAUUGUUCUGUUGUUCCUUGGAGAAACAACAAAGGCAGUGCUGAAAAUGGGUAUUGAAGUUGGAACACUAGCUACCUGAUUGUGAGGAAGUUCAAAAGAUCCAUCAAGAAUUUGACCUACUAAACGUAGCUUCCACAAGAUUCCUGAAGCGCUUAGAGCAAUGCCGAAAUUGAAUCCUGAAGGCAUCUAUGUGAAUAAAAUUUUGAGCUUAGACAACAUUCAAGUGUAUGGUUUUUACUACGAUUACACUCCUGUGCACUACUUGGUCAAUUUAAAGAACUUGAUUUAUGAUCUUGCCAAAGAACAUUUGGUUAUUGAGUUCAAGUAUGAUCAUACCUUUCCCAUUAGAGGCCUUUACUAUGACAAAUUUAAAGGUUGCCUCUUGAAGUUAGAUUUGUUUGGUUCCAUUGAGCUGGAUGGUUGCUACUUUGGUCAUUGGAAGGUACUUCCUAAUAUGGUCAUUGUUAAGUACUUGAGGAAUGGUUGUUCUAAUGGUUGACUGGAGGAUUCCUCGUAGUAUGAAGGUUGCUUCAAGAAUUAUUUGGUGAAACUUACUAUGAGGCUUCAUGAAGUAUUAAUACUCGAAGAGACGUAAUUAUUGAAGGUCAUAACAUAAUUUAAUUAAUGUUUUAGAGUCUUAUAGUUAGUAAUUUUAUUUAUCGGUCUAAAUUGAGAGUAGUUUGUGGAGAGACAGGAAUAGUCUAAAUUGAGAGUAGUUUGUGGAGAGACAGGAAUAGUCAACUGCUUGUAUAAUAUUAUUGUAAAUUAUGUAUCCAAAUGACUUAUUGUUGAAGAAUGAAAAUAUUGUUGAUUUGAAGGUUUA